AUGGAAAUGGCGGAACCGACACAAACAUGCAGUUCGCAGUUGGGUUUAACUUUAAUGGCCACCUGUAAAAAUCCAACAUCAUCCUUAUCGCCGCGCCCCUAUCGUUAUCAUUCUGUUGCCCUCACCGGAUAGAAGAACGAACCAUCGCAGCUAGUAUCGUCUUCCAAUCAAUUUGGAUUUGUUCUUGCUUGCAAGGCUGAGAAAGGUUGUAGGUUUGCUUAUAAGUAGCGGCAAUUGGAUUGGGAGAUUGGAGGAGUUGCCGCCAUUGAAAUGGGGGAAAGUGCUGUGGGUUUGGGUUUGCUUCUGCUAUUGGCUUUGACGACGUCGUUUUGCUCCGGCGCCAAUGUGACUUACGAUCACCGUGCGUUGGUGAUUGACGGCCGGAGACGGCUCCUAAUUUCUGGCUCCAUUCAUUAUCCUCGCAGCACACCGGAAAUGUGGCCAGACUUGAUUCAGAAGUCGAAGGAAGGAGGCUUGGAUGUGAUCGAGACUUACGUUUUCUGGAACCUCCACGAACCAGUUCGCGGUCAGUAUGAUUUUGAAGGAAGGAAUGAUCUGGUGAAGUUUGUGAAAGUUGUUCAAGAUGCAGGUCUAUUAGUUCAUCUUCGAAUAGGUCCUUAUGCUUGUGCCGAAUGGAGUUAUGGUGGAUUUCCCCUGUGGCUGCAUUUUAUCCCCGGGAUUGUGUUUCGAUCCGACAAUGAACCCUUCAAGGCUGAAAUGAAGAGAUUUACAGCCAAGAUUGUCGACCUGAUGAAGCAAGAAAAUUUGUAUGCUUCGCAAGGUGGACCGAUCAUUUUGUCGCAGGUUGAAAAUGAAUACGGGAAUGUUCAAUCGGCGUAUGGAAGCAGUGCCAAGCCUUACAUAAACUGGGCUGCAGCAAUGGCUACGUCGCUGGAUACUGGCGUGCCGUGGGUGAUGUGCCAGCAAAACGAUGCUCCCGAUCCUAUUAUCAACACUUGUAAUGGCUUUUACUGCGACCAAUUCACUCCGAAUUCGAACAAGAAGCCGAAAAUGUGGACGGAGAAUUGGAGUGGAUGGUUCUCUUCGUUCGGUGAUCCUCUCCCAUACAGACCAGUCGAAGACCUCGCUUUCGCCGUGGCGCGGUUUUUCCAACUCGGGGGAACCUUCCAGAACUAUUACAUGUAUCACGGCGGGACUAACUUUGGCCGCAGUGCUGGAGGUCCUUUUAUUACGACAACCUAUGAUUACGACGCUCCUAUCGACGAGUACGGACUUUUGAGACAGCCGAAAUGGGGUCACUUGAGAGAUGUCCAUAAAGCGAUAAAGCUUUGCGAAGCAGCGAUAUUGGCGACCGAUCCAACAACGAGUUAUCCCAGUCCUAAUCUGGAGGUGACUGUUUACAAGACGGGAUCGGGACGGUGCGCCGCUGCAUUUCUUGCAAACAUUGGAACAAAAUCCGACGCGACGGUAAACUUCAAUGGCAAUUCGUAUACGGUGCCAGCUUGGUCUGUUAGCAUCUUACCCGACUGCAAGAAUGUCGUACUCAAUACUGCGAAAAUCAAUGCUAUUUCGACUGUCCCAAAGUUCGUUCGCUACUCUUCAAAAGAACGCGCAGAGGCUAAAGAUGGAUUCCAGUCGGGCUGGAGUUGGAUCGUCGAACCUGUCGGAAUAUCUAAUAAAAAUGCGUUUACGAAACCGGGAUUGCAGGAACAAAUAAACACGACAGCCGAUCAAAGCGACUAUCUUUGGUACUCUUUAAGCGCCGCGAUUAAUGGCAACGAGACGUUCAUCAAAGACGGAUCUAAGACACUCCUUCACAUUGAUUCUCUUGGUCAUGCCCUUUUCGUGUUCGUCAAUGGGAAACUCGUCGGCAGUGGAAAAGGACGGAACAGCGACCAGAAAGUUUCGAUCGAUAUUCCUCUAAGUAUUCAACCCGGGAAUACGAAAAUCGAUCUGUUGAGCAUGACAGUAGGAUUAAGGAACUACGGAGCAUUUUUCGAUACAGUCGGAGCAGGAGUCACUGGCCCCGUUCAGCUCAAAAGCUCUCAAAACGGACUGUUGAUCGAUCUAUCCUCUCAACAGUGGACGUAUCAGAUUGGCAUGCAGGGAGAAGACUCAAAGCUUUAUCACGGAGAUUCGUCGAUUUGGGUAACGCAGCCGACGCUUCCCACGAAUCAGCCAUUGGUGUGGUACAAGACCACGUUUGAUGCCCCGACGGGAAGCAACCCGGUUGCGUUAGACUUUACGGGAAUGGGGAAGGGUCAGGCAUGGGUUAACGGACAAAGCAUCGGACGUUACUGGCCGACAAACAUUGCAUCAGGGGGGAGCUGCACCGAUUCUUGCAAUUACCGCGGACCUUACAAGGCCGAUAAAUGCUUGACAAACUGCGGAAAGCCGACCCAGCACAUCUACCACGUGCCCCGUUCGUGGUUGAAACCGAGCGGGAACAUCCUCGUACUAUUCGAGGAAGCGGGCGGCGAUCCGACGAAACUAUCGUUCGUCGCGCGGGAGACGAGAAGCGUCUGCUCUCACGUUUCGGAGAGUCACCCGCUCCCGGUCGAAAUGUGGAGUCUUGACGACGAAAUCAGGAACCGAACCCGAUCGACGCUCUCGCUGACGUGUCCGUCGCCUGAUCAGGUGAUUUCGAAGAUAAAGUUUGCGAGCUUCGGAACGCCGCGCGGCGCGUGCGGAAGUUUCCGCCAUGGCGAAUGCCGCAGCAAGAGGGCUCUUUCGGUCGUUCGAAAGGCCUGUGUAGGAUCGAGGAGCUGUAGCAUUGGUGUUUCGAGUACGACGUUGGGCGAAGCUUGUGGAGUUUCUAGAAGCUUGGCUGUAGAAGCUUCCUGCGCUUAGAGUAGUCUUAUUUAUCUAUAAGGUGUUUUGAAAGGGAGAAAUAAAUGCCAAAUGGAAAGGCUUUUCAUUCGAAAUAAAAAAGUGAAAUAAUUUAUCUCA